UAUGGAAUUAUUACCUCAUGCCCAUUCUAUAUUUUCUCCUUGGUUGAUGAUAAUAGGUACAAUACAAAUAAUCUAUGCAGCUUCAACAUCUCUUGGACAACGGAAUUUAAAAAAAAGAAUAGCCUAUUCCUCUGUCUCUCAUAUGGGUUUCAUAAUUAUAGGAAUUAGUUCUCUAACCGAUACGGGACUUAAUGGAGCCCUUUUACAAAUAAUCUCUCAUGGAUUUAUUGGUGCUGCACUUUUUUUCUUGGCGGGAACGACUUAUGAUAGAAUCCGCCUUGUUUAUCUUGACGAAAUGGGCGGAAUAGCUAUUCCAAUGCCAAAAAUGUUCACGAUGUUUCUUAUAAUACAUCAUUGUGGUGGGGCCUUCCCGGACACCGUACAUAGCAGCAGUUUAGUGCACGGGGCUGCCUUUUUUUACAAACUUUCAAAUACACAUUAUUUCAUAAAUUCACUACUCAAUAAUAGUAGUAAUUGAUUAUUAUUUAAUAUAAUUCUUCCACAUGGUAUGUACAAUCUCUUCACGCGAAAUAUGAGUGUUUUUUUGUUGCAAAAUUUAAAAUGAUGGAUUUUUUUACGAGAUUUAAACUUAUGGAUCCAAGAUUUACAUUUAAAAGAAUUUGAAAUCAUGAUCCCAGAGAAAAACCGUGACUGGUAAAGUUGUUGCAUGGAAAAACCGUUUUUAGAAAUGCGGAGUAAGGCUGCAUACAAUAGACCCUUGUGGUCCGGCCCUUUCUCAGGUCCUACGCACAAUGGGAGCUUUGUGCACCGGGUUUUCCCCUUUAGUAAGUUGUAUUGUCUUGUGAUCAGGAGGUGACGGGUUCAAGCCUUGGAAACCUAAGUUGCUCGAACUCUCCAAAAUUGUUGCCGCACCCGUGUCGGAUCCUUCAAGUACACUAUUUUUGGAGGAUCCGACACGUAUCGUAGACACUUUUGAAAAGUUCGAGCAACUUAGUUGGAAACAGUCUAUGACAAAAAUGAAAGGCAAGACUGCGUACAAUACACCCUUGUGGUGGAGCCCUUUUCCGGACCUUGCGCAUUGCGGGAGCUUUAGUGCACCAGGCUGCCCGUUAAGUUGUAUUGUCUUGAAUUUAAAAUCUAUAAAGUUAAAAUCUGAAUGAAUCUCUAUGCACCUGUUUAAAAAAUUAUGUUGUAGCGAAAAAAAAUUCAGCAGAGUAAAGACUUCUGUGUUUGAAGAGAAUUUUCCAAGGAUUAAUGGGUUUCACUUUCUUGAUUUGAUAAAAGUUGUCGUCUAUUUUUAGUUCUGUGGAUGAUGGAUGUGGAAGAAACCCCAAGUUUGCCUCUGCCAGAUGCUUUUCUUAAUUUUCUGAAUCAGCAUGGCUUGGAUCCUUCUAUUUAUACGGCCACCGAUUCCGUACCUCGUUAUAUAAGGUUAAAGCCUGGUUAUUCUGACUGUCUUGAAGAAAUUGAAACUGAUAUUAGAUGCAAGCUUGAAAGAGUCUGUUGGCUGCCCAAUUUCUAUCAUCUUCCUCCUGAUGUUCGAAUUGCUAGUUCGAAGGCAUACCAAGAAGGGAAGAUAUAUGGAAUUGAUGCAGCAUCAGGAGCUGCUGUGUCAGCUUUGGACAUUUCGGUUGGGGAUCAUGUCCUCGAUCUUUGUGCUGCACCUGGUGCUAAACUUUGUAUGAUGUUGGACAUUCUUGGCAGUUCGGGUUCUGUGACUGGUGUUGACAUUGCAAAACAUCGUUUAGCGGCCUGUAGAACCAUGCUACAGAAAUAUGGUCUUGGUGACCAUUGUCGUCUUUUUGUUGCCGAUGGAACCAGCUUUUCCCUUCUCCCUGUCAGGGUCCAUUCAGGUUCUCUGUUGCAAAAUGAAAACGUGGAUGAAUUUGCAUCCGGAGAAAAAUCUGAAGUAUAUAGGGAGUGGAAGUCCCGCAGACCAUGGAAAGAAAGGAAGAAGGAAGCUAUAGCGAAAGAAAAAGGUGUCUCCAAGCUAUUCUCACCAACUCAAGAACCAGAGCUUAUAUUUUAUGGUAGGUUUUCUGGGGUGGUUGGGACGAGAAAAAAUGAAUUAUAUCAAAAGAAGCCUAUCAGUGAGGUUUUGCAGCUCGGCUAUGACAAGGUUCUUGUGGAUGCAGAAUGUACCCAUGAUGGCUCUAUUAAGCACGUUCAGAAAUUUGAACAGUGGGGCUGGACAACCUUCCAGCGCCGCGUGCUAGAUGCAGAAAGAACCGAUGAUCUGACUGUCCUUCAGCUGCAACUUCUGACUAACGGAUUCAAAUUGCUCAGAGUUGGAGGCGCCCUCGUCUACAGCACUUGCAGUUUAACCUUUGCUCAGAACGAAGAUGUGGUCGAGCAGUUCCUUUCCGAGAACACAUCUGCAGAAUUGCUAGAGAUUACUGCUGCCGAAAAUUGGCCAUGCAAGAGUGGUCGAAUACAGAAAACCUUACGGUUUGAUCCUUUGACAUCUUGUACGAGCGGACUCUUUGUUGCUAAGUUCACAAAAUUGGCUAUUUAGUUGAAAGAGUUGGGCGGAAACUAAUUCGUGUUAGCUGAUGGUGAGGUACCUUACAAGUGUUGCAAUACUCAUCGAAAGCAUUGGAUGUCCAAAACCUGGAGGCUCAACUGAUCCGGAUUCGCGCUAGUAAAGUCGCAUAACGAAGUAAUUGGAUUACUCAAAAUACUUCUAUGUAUAUGAUAGUUCCUAUUUUACUACACAUACUUUUGUAGAUGGGAAUAGCUCUUUUUUUCCCCUAUGUAUGAAAAAUAUGAAAAUUUGUUGUUUGCAUCAAAAGUGUUGGAUUAUAAAAUUUUAUUCAACGUGUAUGGGAAUGAGGUGAAGUUACUUAAACAUGAAAGUGAUGUGUACCAGAGGCGGAUUUAGAAUUUAGACUCUAUUGGUUCAGUUUUACAAAAUUUUCCGCAUUGAAUCCAUUAUAUUUUUAAA